AAUUUAUGUGUGUUCAGUCGCCGGUGUAUAUCCUAUUUGAGCUCAUUACUUCCAUAAGAGCAGUUGUUUGGCUGUUAAUAAGGCGUAGCAUUAUGUCGGCACUCCAAGCCCAUGUUCAACACCCAUCAUGCCGCCGUGCGCUUUUCCCAGCACCUUUGAAGCAUAGGCAUACGUCUCUUGUCCACCGAGCGGUCGUAGACCGUGAAAGCUCGCAGGACGUUCAGAGCCUUCUAGCACUUUAUGAUGGUGACGGUGAUGGGCGAUUGACUCUUGCAGAAGCCCAACAAGCCUUUGCGGCAAUUCAGACCCUCGAAACCUUGCGCGGAUCCCCUAAAGCGUCUAUACAGCCUUUGCGACCUGUUGCACAGCCGGUCGCACCUGCUUCCUCCACCGCACCUUCUGGGCCGGCAACUUGGGAUGUACAGGUCCUCAAUGGCAUCCGCGCAGCAAAAGCGCGCGGUCAAAGCUCUGCCUCGGCGCUGUCCUCCUACAUCGCCAGCAAGCUGCGCAACAGCGGCAAGUCGCGCGCGACCGCUUCCGACGUGGUGUGGUCCUUUUGCGGCAUGUUUGCAGCGGUUGCAGCGCUGGGUGUCAUGAGCCUCCAUGUGCGUAGCUGGCCCCUGGUGGGCGAGUGGCACCAGCAGGGCCUGAACCUGCUGCUGGGGUCCUUUGGCACCAUCUGCGUGCUCCUCUUCGCGCGGCCGGAGGCGGAGGCCAUGCGCAUCUGGAACUUCGUGGCCGGCCAUGUGAUCGCCACUGCCACGGUGGUGCUGCUGCUGCACCUUCUGGGCCCGGGGGUGUUCACGCGCGCGCUGGCCAUGGGCCUCAUGGUCGCCUUCAUGCUGCUCACGGACUCGGUGCACCCGCCGGGCGGGGCGCUGGUGCUCAUGGCGGUGGACUCGGCGCCCAUUCAGAACAUGGACUGGUGGUUUAUGCUGUACCCCUCGCUAGUGGUCACCGCCGCUGUACUGCUGCCGCUGAGCCUGGCCUGCAACUGGCUCAAGGCCCACGCCAGGUUUGACUUCCCAACCGACGCACCCGCAUCGCCUGCACCGUCGUCGGCGCCCUCCACGCCCCCGCGACCCCACCCCUUGUCGCCCCCGUCGACACCGCCCUCGGACCUGCGACCCAAGCUGGCGUAAUUCUACCUCUGCGCAGCAGCUUGGGAUGCUGAGACGCUCUUGCCUUGCUGCGGAGCGGAUGGCAUAUGCAUGCACGGCAGCAGCAGGAAUAGCAGCGUUGGCACCGAGUCCUGCGUGGCCUAUGCGGCUUUGGCAAUUAACAUGAGCAUUUGAGGAGAGAAAUCCUUGUGCAUUAUGGGGCUGUGCUGUGAUUGUGGCUGUUCGUUAGUCAGCACAGCGGUGUUCACCGUGCGUGCAUGCGUGCGCAGAGUUGAGCCCUGAUGAUGUUAUUUAUCUAGUAAUAAAGGGUCUGCUGACAGCGUGCUCAAUACGGCCGCAUUACACGUGGUCCUGACGGCUGGCGUCGUGGCUUACGUACUUGUUACAUGGCUGUUUGGUUUACGUGAAUUUGUGGAUUAGGACCGCGCAUUUAUUCUUUUCCGCGCCUGUGAGCAGGUCUCCCCGUGGGGGCGUUACACGCUUACACCUCAUGUGUGCAUCAAAUGUUGCAGGGAUGUCAUUGCUUCCUUGGCUUCAUCUCGGCUUGCUAGUUUGUCAACUGCACGUGACACCUACCCUAGGCGGUAUCUGUGUGAUUGGGGUCUGAAGGUAAGCAACCCUAUGAUUACUGCCUUUAGCGGCUACUUCCCUGCAUAGCCCACCGUGCGUAGCCAAAGUCUGGAUGCUUAUUGUCCGUUACCGGUUUGUGUUUUGGGCCUUUGCUCUUCAAGGCAUGUCCAUGUGACCACCAUGUUUGCCGCAGUUUGCGGUUGGUUGACUUAUCACUUGCGGUUUCGUCACUGUUCACUGCGUUCGGGGUUCGGAAAAGCACGGAACCACCGAAUGACUUCAUUGGAUUGCGUAGUGGUCUCUAUCAAGUAUGCCGUAGACUCGGACCGCAACAACAUGCUGUUGAGCCGUACAGUCUCGUACGCCACAUCUGAAUCCGCCAUAACUUGUGUUGGCACGUCAUUUUGCUAAUGGGCUUUGCGUGUUGUGUGCAAGGCUAGUUGGCAUACAUGGCUUAAAGAUGUUGUCGAAAAACGCUUGCCCGGCUUAUCCUCAACAACAAUGCUGACUGGCGGGGGUACUUGCCUGGGGCAUAUCCUGGCGGCCCUAUCCUGCCCCAGAGGCCGUAGCACCGAAC